AUGUGUGUGACUAGGAAUAAAGGGGUGAAUUAUGAGAAAUUCAUCGAGCAUUUUCAAGGUAAGACUAGAAAGUUUGAAAGGCUUAGCUUAGCUUUAGCUGUGUUUGUGUUUUUGGGCUCUGUUUUUUGUUGCUUUUGUAUUGAGGUUGCUAUGGUAUCAGUGCCUCUUGGUUUUGAGAUUUCAGGGUUUGAUAGAAGUAGAACUUGGGUGUCUCAAAAUGGGGUCUUUGCAUUUGGGUUCUUAGAGAGCUGUUCAAAAGAAGAUGAAGUUGAUAGCUUUGUUGUGGGAAUUAGGUAUAAUUUAGGAGAUAAUGGAGCUGUAAAUGUUCCCGUAUGGAGUGUUGGUGGUGGUCUUAGGGUCUCUAUGAACUCCACGAUUAGGCUUUCCAUGGACGGGAGGCUAAUUUUGUUAGAUAACCCUAGUGGUGUGAUUGUUUGGAGUAGUGAUACUUCUAGUUUAGGUAUUAGAAAGGCCAGUCUUUUGAAUAAUGGGAACUUAGUUCUUGUGGGUAUUGAAGAUAAUGUGCUUUGGCAAAGUUUUAAUAGCCCAACUAGCACUCUCCUUCCUGGUCAGUCUUUGCAUUUUCCUCAAACCCUAAGAGCCCCUUCCAAAAAAUCAACAUCUAGUUACUACAGUUUUGUGAUUCGGCACUCCGGAGAGCUUGCUCUUGUUUGGGAGAAUAAUGUGACCUAUUGGAGUAAUCAUGUGAACCUUCUUGGGAGUGUUAAGGAAGCAAUACUCGAUGGUAAUGGUCUUUUGGGGCUUAUUGAUACCAGUAAUAAAACCGUGUGGUCCAUAUCAAGCAAGGAUUUUGAUGAACCUUCCCCGACAUUGAGGCGUCUUAAGAUGGAUUCUGAUGGGAAUUUGAGAAUCUACUCAUGGAACCAUGUGCUCCAUGAAUGGAAGGUUGCGUGGCAAGCAGUUGAAAACCAAUGUGAUGUAUUUGGUUCAUGUGGUCUUUAUAGUUUAUGCGGGCUUAAUUCCUCUGGAGCUGUCUGUGAUUGUCUUUACCAGGAUUCGGUAAAUUGGGGAACUGGCCUAUCCACAGUGGAUUCAGGUAGUUCCGGGUGCAAGAAGAUGGUGGAUUUGGGGAACUGCAAGAUGAAUACAAGCAUGAUGGUUAUGAGACAGACAUUUUUGUAUGGUCUUUAUCCUCCCCAGGAUGUUGAUAUCAUGCUGAGCGAGAAAGCUUGUAAAGAAUACUGCUCUAAUGACACGACCUGCAUUGCAGCAACUUCAAAAAAUGAUGGUACGGGUAUUUGCACAAUCAAGCGAACCAGUUUCAUUAGUGGGUACGGGAAUCCUUCUGUUUCUGCUACUUCAUUCUUAAAAGUGUGUCUAGUCCCUCAGGCUGUUUCUGCUCGAGGAGCUAAUCCUCAUGUUACUGCGAAGCCAAUUCCCACAACCAGAGGAGGUGACGGCAAGAACUUCACUGCAGCUAUUGCUUUGAUAGUUUUGGUAACAGCAUCAGGUUUUCUGGCCAUUGAGAUGUUUGUUUUUUGGUUUAUGUACCGCAAACGGAAAAUUAAAGCUCACGUAAGAAUUCCCUUUGGCAAGGAUGCUCAAAUGAAUGCUCAUUACAAUAGUCUUAUCAGAUUAACCUUCGAAGAGAUAAAAGAGAUAACAUCUGACCUUGCAAAUAAACUUGGCCCCUCUGUUUAUAAAGGUGCAUUACCAAACAAAACAACUGUUAUUGUGAAGGUUCUGAAUGACGUGACAGCAAAUGAGAAGGAUUUCCGAGUUGCAGUCUCUACAUUAGGAAGAAUGCACCAUCGGAACCUCGUGCUAUUAAUGGGUUUCUGUUUUGAGGCCAACAACAGGUUUUUAAUGUAUGAGUAUGUCCAGAAUGGUUCUCUGGAUAAAUGGCUGCUCAACAUGGAACCUGACCACAAUGAAGGGACAUGGCAGCAGAGACUUGACAUUGCGCUUGGAGUUGCUCGGGCCCUUGCUUAUUUGCACUCAGAAUGUCAGAUUUGUGUAGCUCAUGGGAACUUGAAGCUCGAGAAUGUCCUGCUCGAUGAAAAUUUCAUUCCUAAAUUGACUGAUUUUGGACUUGGAAGCUUGUUCAAGGAGGAGGCAGCAUCCUCCUCAGUGUCUCCUUCAGAAAGAGAUAUCUACAUGUUUGGGGAGAUGCUGCUGCAAAUUGUCACUUGCAAGAGGGAUAUACUGAGUGAAAAUCUGAACCAUUUGGUUGAGAAGACGAAUGAAGAACCGAACUCAGAGGAUAGCAUAAUCUCUGAAGAAGUAGAAAGAGUAGUGAGGAUAGCUUUGUGGUGUAUGCAAAAUCAGCCCUUUUUACGACCUUCCAUUGGCGAAGUGGUUAAGGUAUUAGAAGGUACACUUUCUGUAGAUAGGCCUCCAUUAGGUUUUGCUUUUAGACCGGACCAGAUGGAUGGUAGAGUUUUAACUGAGGUUGAAGUAGACUCCUCCUAG